UUUCCGGUGGUGCGUAGCGUGGCGUCUCGCCGCUGUCUGUGUCACGCCCCUCUCAUGGACAAAAUGGAGGAAACACUCUGCGUUUGUUUGUUUGUUUGAGUGCAGUACACAUUAAUAAUCAUUAGUAAGUUUGCAAACGUAAAUCAGAGCGUGCAUGUAAACGCAGACAUUACGCUGUGUGGAGUGAGCCUGCGUUGAAGGAUGGAUGAGGAAGGCUCCAGCGCUGCGGCGGUGACCAAGUCCUGGGGCUUCCGGCGGAGCACCAUCGCCAGGCGCGAGUUCAUGCAAGCUGUGGGCUCUGUGGAUAGCAAUCCUCCGGUCCAGCGCCGCAAGGGCCGGCCACCCCGGGGCCACUGGGCUGACGAGAGGCGCCGGACUCCUGUGGCCUCUAAACGGGGUCGGGGGGGUCGUGGACGCGUGCCUGCGCUCGCUCCCGCAGGCGAUCGGUCGAGCAGUGACAGUGAAGCUCGGGGAACAGUGGCGUGUGAGGAAGGCCCAUCAGAUCGAGCUGAAGACAGUGACGAUCUCAAUCUGCAGGAGAUUCGGAAGCGGGCUGUAGCUCGAAAGAUGCAAGAACUCAAGCAUGACGGUGAUGCUGCUGUGAAAGGCACAGAAGAUAUCGACGUGGGGCUACUGAUGGACCGGGAAGAGAUGGUGUCAGGAGACACAGGAGGACAGGUGUGCUCCUCCACAGACACAGGGGCAGGUGGGAGUUCUGCCGCUGCCGCAGGAGCUCUCGAAGCCACUGCAGAGGAAGACCAGGAGGCAUUCUCUGAACACGGCGAGGGAGACACUGGAAGGAAGAACCCGGAUGCUGUCUGCUGCACGUGUCAACAAGGACACAGUAACAGGUUGAUGAUCUGCUGUGACUCCUGCCGAACGUGGCGUCAUGUCGACUGUGUUGGCGUCGCAGAGACUUGCGCUCAUCUCCUGCAGAGAAACAGACAAUAUGUUUGUCCCUCAUGCUCUGAUGACUGGGACGCCACGACAGCCAACGGUCUCAGCGGAAAACAUGACAUCGACUCAACUCAUGUGGUAAUUUUCUUUUUUUUCUGAUUAUCUGCUUUUGAGAUAUUAGGUAUAAUAGAAUAUGAACAGUGUGUUCUCCAGGGGUGUGUUCCAGAAAGCAGGGUUAACUUACCAUCUGCUAAACUGAACUCUCGGCUGAUUAACCCAAACCUUGCUUACUUGAGGUGUGCUGGUUCCAGGAGUAAGUUCAUUCAACUCAGAGUAUGUUCCUGGUUAACACCCGAGACCUUC